AUGCGCAUAUUCUCCUCCAUUCCUGGCUUUACCUGUUUCCUACCAUGCACCACAUCCCGUAACACUCUAGUUCUUCCCAACAGCAAGCAUAUAUUCCUCUCUGCUAUAGCUGGUAUGGCGGGUGCCAUGGUACAUAUCAGAAGAUGCAUAUCUCACUUAAGUGGGGAAAUAUGUGCUUGGUGUACCCUGGAACACAAAAAGGGGGCCAGGUCGUGUGUGAGACGCACAAACGGAUAAUCUAACCCUCGCAACCAUUACGCCCAGUCCCAGCACCAGGUAGCUGGCAGGUUCGAACAGUCCAGUGGCGCAUGGACCAGGAAAGAGAGUGUUCAGAAGAUUAAGGAGAAGAAGAAGAGGAUGCUGAUGCUGCUACUGCUGCUGCUGCUGCUGCUGCUGCUGCUACUGCUGCUGCUGAUGCUACUGAUGAUGAUGAUGAUGACGACGACGACGACGAUGAUGAUGAGGAUGAUGAUGAUGAUGAUGAUGAUGACGACGACGACGACGAUGAUGAUGAUGAUGAUGAUGAUGAUGAUGAUGAUGAUGAUGAUGAUGAUGAUGAUGAUGAUGAUGAUGAUGAUGAUGAUGAUGAUGAUGAUGAUGAUGAUGAUGAUGAUGAUGAUGAUGAUGAUGAUGAUGCGAUCACUGGGACAAGGCCAAUAAACUUCAUGUUCCAGUGA